UCGCAUACCUUCGGCACUAUAUCAUCCAAGUUAUUAACCACCACUGCAGUAGUCCAGCGUUUUUCGACCGGCCGUCGGAAAACUCGCAUCGUAUAACCAUAGUGAACUUAUGUUGAUCAAUUCACAGUAUUUGCUCAAGUUUUGACGACUCAGUUACAGUUCGUAUACUCAGAUUGUGGUGGGUGCUUAAUUUUUCAUUAAUGACCACUGAUGAAUCAAAUUUCCGGUAGUUGUAUUUGCAGUAUUUACCGGUAUACCUGUUGUUAUAACAACAAAAAAUAUGGACGUUGGGUUCAUUUUUAUAACUGCGGUCAUAUUAUUCGAGUUUUGCGUCCACUUCCCUGUGUCUUCCACUACCAGCAUCUCUAAUAAAUCUUCCAUCGAACAAUUAAUAGAAUUUAUCAUCAAAAACUCAGAAAAUGGCGCCAAUAAAACUACAAAUUUCAACAUUGAAAAUUUCACGGAUAUCGCUAAAAAUAAUUUUACAGAUAUCGUUAUUGAUAACUCUACAAAAUUUACUAUAGGAAACUUUACAAAAUUCGCUAUUAAUAAUUCCACAAAAAUAAUCUUCGACAAUUCUACCGUCCCUAAACUGACUGGACCGAACAUAUGCAUGUUUAUCAAAAAUUACGUUUCAAAACAAUUAGUCACGAAAUAUGAAAUCCGUUCGUCCAAAAUUCCAUAUUUCUGUUUCAAAAAUUUAAAAUUUGUAUGUUAUUUUGUAACUGAAACUGCAAUUCCGAUUCAAACUGAAACCUUAGAAAACAACUUUGAAAUCAUCAAUACAUGCUGUAAAGACUACGAAAAAACACAAAAUGGAACAAGAUGUCGUCCUGUCUGUAGAGAUCCCUGUGUAUGGGGCACAUGUAUUUCACCGAAUGUGUGUAGUUGUGAUAAAUAUUACGAUGGACCGUCUUGUCGUAUACGUAUAGGUUGUCCAUUGGGAAAAUACGGAUUUGAUUGCACGCAAACGUGUCAGUGUCAAAAUAAUGCUACAUGCAAUUAUACAAAUGGUAAUUGUUCUUGUCAGCAAGGAUAUUGGGGAAAAUAUUGUGAAAAUCUAUGUCCAUCUGGAUAUUACGGUCAUAAAUGCCAAAACGUAUGUAAAUGUCAAGAUAAUGCAAAAUGUGAUCCAGUAAACGGUGUUUGUUACUGUUCACUAGGAUACACAGGAAUUAAUUGUAAAGUAAAAUGUCCACCAGGAUUUUAUGGUUAUAAAUGUCAAAAUGAAUGUAAAUAUCAAAAUGGCACAAAAUGCGAUAUAGUUAAUGGUGAUUGUACUUGUCUAACAGGAUAUGAAGAACACAAUGUCGAAUUAAAUAAAUGCGAUUGCAAAAGUGGUACAUUAUAUAAUUCAGCAAAUGAAACUUGUUCCUGCCAACCAGAGCAUGUAAGAAAUAAUUACAAGCAUACUUGUCCCCAGGGUUAUUAUGGAAAAAAUUGUCAAAAUAUAUGUAAAUGUCAAAAUGGUGCCAAAUGUGAUGCAGUAAACGGCGACUGUCAUUGUACUCCAGGAUAUACUGGAAAAUAUUGCUCGUCAAAUUGCCCAUCGGGAUUCUAUGGCUAUAAAUGUCAAAACGAAUGUAAAUGUCAAAACGGUGCCUUAUGUGAUCCAGUCAUUGGAUCUUGUACAUGUCCAUCGGGUCUAUCGGGAAAGAACUGUCUUAUUGGGAAUAAAUCCAGAAUCGACGGGGAAAAUAAUAAGACGGUGUGUGAUUGUAAUUGGCACAAAUAUGACUACUGCGAACCAUUAACCGGCACAUGCAAAUGCAAACAACCCAUCAACGGAACUUGUGUCUGCAAACCCGGUUUGGUCGGAAACGAAUGUGAGAAAACGUGUCCACCAGGUACGUACGGUUUGAAUUGCAAUUCAACUUGUAGAUGUCAUAAAAAUGCAAAAUGUCGAGAGUCCGAUGGAAUUUGUUUGUGUGAGCCCGGAUUUUAUGGACCUACGUGCUCGGAAGCUUGUCCCAAAAAUUAUUACGGAGAAAUGUGUUUACGUAUGUGUAUGUGCAAUGUGACCAUGGAAAUUUGUAAUCAUAUUAAAGGAUGUAUAGCAUGCAACAGCAGUUUUUCAAAUGAAAGCGAAUGCAUCAACGCCCUUCAGUUACAGCCAACAGACAAUGAAGCGAUCUGGAUUUUUGACAUUUUGGUGAUUUUGAUCUUCUUGAUGAUUUCAACAAUAUGCUUGGCGAUAAUGAUGUGCUGCUUUUACUACUUUAAUCAACGUAAAAUUCAAAUAUAUAAUACAGGGCAUGUGAACAAUAUUGAACUUCAAAAGUCUACCGACAUGGGAUCAAACCCUAACAUUGAAGUGAUAUGUAAUGCUGAAAAUUGUGGUAUGAACAUUGGAAAUAAUACACUCGAUUCGAGAUUACCAAUGACCAGCUAUACGAACAAAACAUUUUACGACAAUUAUGCACGUGACCACAGUUUUGAUGAUGAUACCGGUGAAAACUUGUACUUGGAAAUUGACGAAAGUACUUUCAAACGUUCAGAUAUGUACGAUCAUCUAGAUUUCCUACGUCCAACAGUAUCAUGGAAGCCGCAUUAUCAGUGUACAUUGGUGUUGCAAGAUCAAAGCAGUAGUAGUUCGAAGAAAGAAGAUACGACAUAAUGUAUUUACUUAUCUUAUAUAAUAACGUUUGCUUAAUUAUUACAUUUAUAUUAUUAUUAUUAUAGACACCAUAGGGUUAUUUUAUAUAUUGUUAAUAUACACAGCAAUAAAAACGUAAGCAUUACAAAAAAAUAA